UUGGCUCCGACCGUGUGCGCUCUGUUGUCCCCCAGCGAGAGCAGCUCGGCCCCUAUUCACAUGUUAAUAACCCCCUAUAAAUACUAACAACAGCCACUCAGCGCCAGCAGCACGUCUCACAAGGAUUGCACAAUAAACACAGGGCGCCUCGCCUCGCCUGCGAGUUAGUCGUUUUUUUUCCCCUCCCUGAAACCGGCUCCGUUUGCCAGCUGCCCCUCGCUGACGACUCGGGAGGAAAAGCAGCAGUAGGAGAAGCCACAGAAGCGGCGAUCCAACCAACAUGGCCCCCUCGGUUCGGCCCAGCAGCACGGGACUUGAUAUGGAAGAAGAUGAGUCCGGCUACGGGAUUCAGAAAGCGGACAGAAAGACUAGGAAACCUCUGGUGGAGAAGAAAAGGCGAGCUCGCAUCAACGAGAGUUUGCAGGAGCUGCGGACUUUGCUGGCAGAUACAGACCUUCAUGCCAAGAUGGAAAACGCAGAGGUGCUGGAGAUGACGGUGAAAAAGGUGGAGGACAUACUGAAGAACCGAACCCAAGAAACAGACACACUCAACCAAGAAGCCAGUGAGAGGUUUGCGGCCGGCUACAUCCAGUGCAUGCACGAGGUCCACAUGUUUGUGUCCAACUGUCCUGGGAUAGACGCAACGGUGGCAGCGGAGCUCCUCAACCAUCUCCUGGAGUGUAUGCCCCUGAACGAGGACCACCUCCAGGACGCGCUGAUGGAUCUAAUCACUGACACUUCAGGGAGUAACAGCAGCACUUGGCACGGAGGUGGCGAGGCGCUCUGUGCCACUCUGGCUUCACCUGGAGGAAGGAGUCUAUCCAGCGGCUCGUCCUCGGCCCUCUCCCCGGCACCCUCCACCACGUCCAGCGAGGACCUGUGCUCCGACCUGGACGAGACCGACAGCGAGCACAACCAGAGCUCCACUGAGGGCUUGGAGAUCAGGGAUGCCCUAAGCAUGCCCACCAUGACCUAUAAUCGGUCUAUGUGGAGACCCUGGUAGGGGUCUAGGCUUUGGAUGGGAUGCAGUUGGGAUAUGUUGAAGGGUUUGGGGGUUUAUUUUAAGAUGUGACAUUGGGCCUCUUACCGGAAGGAAAAAUUCCACCCUACUACACAUUGAAAAUAACCACUUUUAGUGACGUACCUUUCAUUUCUGGGCUUAUCUGCUCCUGCAGAUAACUGGCCACAUGCAUGGAAUUUUUUUCUGAAUUCCCCACAUUGAUGUUCAUUAAUCCAACUUGUUUCUUUAAGACAGAGAGACAAAUCUGUCCACUGACAACAGCCUCAGUUGACCAAAAUGCAGUACAACUGCAGAUCGCGUCGCAUUUUGUGGAGGAACCUUGACCGUGGCUUUUCUCUUCAGCCCUUCCUUGGAAUUCUGGGAGAUGAGGGAAACCACUCAGUGAAGUAGAAAUAGACAGUGCAAGUUGAUGGGACAACAUUUCAUCUGGAAAACACUCCUUAAGUGCUUUGGAUAUCACCGAAAAACAUCUAACAGAGUGUUAAAGGGUGCAGUUUUCCUUUAUCUCAUUAGAGGGGCUUUUCCUCUCAAGGGCCCCUGCAGCUUGGGGCCUCCGGAAAGUAGCCUACUCUCCUUUUCCUUUUCAGUAGUGACUCCCAUGGCUGCGAGUCCUCUGUUGUGACUUUUCUUUACACCUGGAGAAAGAUGAAACCUUCCCUCUCAGCAUUCACUUAUAACCCAACAAAGGACAGAUGAGGAACACUCCAAGUUCACACUGUCAUGUGUCAGUAACUCUGUGUAUAUAGGAUUUGUAUGUGGAGAAAAGCUCUUUUAGAAACUGAGACGUUUGGCAAUGCUCCUGAUUAAUAUAAAUAUUUCUAUUGUAUUUCAUAAAGACCUGUAGUUUAUUGGACCAGUAGCCUCCUUCAGAAUGAUUA